GGAAGCCAGAUGUCCUGAAGGUAAAAGAUACCAGAGCUAAAGAUGCAAGUUGUCUGUCUGGGACUACUACUUUUCACUCUGGCCUGGGCAGCACCAACAUUUCAACCACAGAUCAAGAAGACUCAGCAAGACUGUGUGGGAGAACAGAAGCAGGAAGAGAAAACCACAGGCCAUGCUGCGCUGUACCAUUUUGACAAGGGAAAAAGUCGAGAACCAGAGCGUGAAGGAAACGUCAUCCAGGAAAAACAGAGGAAAAUUCUUCCUUUUGGAAGCAAUGAGCAUCACCAAAGCAGCAAACCCUCAAGUCUUUUUGAAAAUGAACAGACGAUGAGUGACAACUACCAGAUCAGAAGCAAGGAGCAUGCCCACGGCAUACUCUCUGCUGAUGCAGACGGUGGCACUGAUGGUGGAGACCUUGCUGCCGGCCAUGAGGAAAAUGGUGCCACCCUCAGGAGAGCUAAGAGACACCAUCUAAGGCAGCCAGAGACCCACACAGAGUCCCUGGGAGGAGAGAGCAAACCCAGGAAGACUCAGAGUCAGAUCCCCACAGACGCAAACUAUGCUACAUCACCCUCAGAAGACAAGAAGAAUCACCAAAGAGUCCCUACUGCCUGGAAUGUCCCGAUAAAAACCCAAAGCAUCCCCUACAUGGAAGUCAGCCCUGUGUAUCUGAAACAGCUCCCCAAAGUCAAGUGGGUCCCCAGUGAUUUUGAAGGCAGUGGUCACUCAGCUCCUGAAGGCAGAGGGGACGACACCUCUCCUUUCAGUGGGGAUGGCCAACUUGGUGAGGGAGAGGCCACAGACCCUGGCCUAGAAGAUACAAAUACUCAAACAGAGCCUUCUGGCCCAGAUGUAGCUGGGACUGUCCCUCUGAACUCGGGGGACCCCCCUCAUAAUGAGCUCCCUGGACAAGGAGAAGACACUCACACUCUGGAAGGGCUGGGCACAGCCAAUGGCAAUGACAUCAUGGGCAGCACCAGCCUCGGGGGGCUGCCUGGGACAGGGAGCAGCAGAGGGGGUGCAGACAGCCAGAAUGCCCAUCGAGGCCAAGUGGAAUUCCAUUACCCUUCCCCAACUGAGAAAGAGAGGAGGAAAGAGAGCAGCCGGGGUGCAGGCCAGACUCAUAAUGAGAUCCCCAAGCGUGGCCAGGGUGGCAGCCACAAAGGUGCAAAGCAUUCUAUCGGCAGCUGGGCACCCAACCAGGGCAAGGAGGGCUUCCCCGGGAAGGGCCUGUCACACCACGACCCCAGUGUGGAGACACAUGGCAGGAAGGGUCACUAUGUGCCCCACAAACAGAGCAACUCCACACGGAACAGAGGGUCCUGGGGCUCCCGAAUCCCCCAUUCCAACAGGUUCAGCCACCCUAGAAAGUAUGAUAGCAGCGAGUCAUCUAGCAGUGACAGCUGGAGUGAGAGUGAGGGUGACUAGCCCACUGAAAGUCCCUAGCAUAGGGCCGGGGUGAGAACUCACUGGGUAGGGCACCUGCUUUGCAUGCAGCCCAGGUUCGAGCCCCGGCACCACAUAGGAGGCGUCCAUGCCAACAGAGGAAGCCCUGUGCUGUGGUCGCUCUAUCUUCACUCCCACCACCCCCAGGAUAAAAAGAAAGAAGUGUCCCAGGCAAAACAGCGAAAUCACACAUGUGCCAGGAGUUGGUUCAAAGAGAAAGAAACUCUCAGCAGGAUAGAGGUGUCAGUCUGUAGUCAUCUGUGACUUGACGGAAAACAGGAGCCAGCAGGUGGCAGAGCAGGGGAAGGCCAGGAUAGGGGGCUUCGGGGAACACUUGAACUAUCUUAAUGGUGACAGUAUGGAACUUAAUGCCCUUAUUUUCUAUAAAGGAAAAAGCCCACUAAGGAUUUGCAUUAUACAUCAUAUUUGAACAGGCAUCCCUGAACAAUCAUGAGUGAAUGUUACAAACAUCCCUCCCCACCUUGUGUUUGCUUUGUUGAGAAAAUAAAUCAGCCUCCCUCUCCCUA